UGAAUAUGUUUGGCAAAUUCUGGAUAAUAUAUCGAGUAAAUGUUCUAGGAACUGAAGCACUUCACUUGAAGAUCAGAUGAUUCUUUUUGCUUGAUUCAAGGCGGAAGAUGUCUGUACCCCCUUGCAACACAAGGCCUCCUUCCAACACCAACAAAGCAACAAAACAGGACGGAGUGACCACUCGACCAACGACAGGGUAGUACCUCACAAGACUGUGGGCAUGGGUAGCAGUUCUACGCUUCCUUAUGGCAAUACAAUUCCGCCGUGGUCCCCCUUCGACGUCCAGAGAACCGAAUACGUUGUCAAAAAGCGCCACGUUAUCCCCAAGCGCGAGGAUCGGGUUCCCUGCUUCCCUCUCAAAACUAACAACAAUCCUCGGCAUUGUAACGAACGACCGGACGGCAAGAAGCAACUUCUAUCUAAGGUCUACAUUGACUUGUCCGGCGGAUCUGUUCGUCCCGAGAGCCUCCAAGGUAUCGAGCUCUCUCUCGCUCACGAACUUUUUGCACGCCUCGUCCGGGUUUAUACCUUGAGCAAGCCUGAGAUUGCCGGUACCCUAUAUAUGGAAUGGGUCCUUCCUAGUACGGACAUCAACGGGAUGCAGUGGCUCCUCCGCGAGUUCAAUCUCGCAGAUGAGUAUAGGAAAGCCUUUAUAGGGAUGCUCCAACAGCCUAAUAAAAGCAAACCUGUCCUUAAUCGUGUUUUUGUCGAGAAGAAGGGUGGUUGGCCGUGGGGGUAUUAUGCCGGGCACAUACGUCAGAAGCCGGAGCGCAUUUUAGGCUUGGUGAUCCAGGCGUGCGGGAUUGAGAACUAGGUAAUGUGCACUUGCUGCAUCCAAAUGCUCCAAAAGACCUUUACCUCUAUCUAUACCGACCAGCAGCAGUGGGAAACCCCGAACGUUUGGUCUCCUUUUGUUGGGUGCAGAUCGGGGAGCAGUGCUUUGAAGGGGGGAAUCUGUGGUAACUGUGCUUGGGCUGGUAAAUCUGCUAUGGAGUGCACGACAGCAGAUACGUUGGCAAGGCCGGUGCCCAACUUGUGGGUUCAGUUUUGAGUCGCAACAAAAUUUGGACGACCACAACCUCACCCUCGACCACCAACAAAAGGUGGCAGGGACAUACGUAGAGCCCAAGCUACACCAACGGGAGCAGCGAUACCGCUGCACUGUUUGUCCCCCAG